UAAUCCAGGGCGGGGCUUUGUCCACGAAUAAAAUACAAGUCAGUACAUGGCAGUGAACGAGGAUUCGUUCGCUUAAAAGAUUCGGUUGAAAACACUGAUUCGUUCUCACAGUGGACUGAAUAUAAGCAGUGAAUUUGGCACUGUUAUAAGUUUGUCCAUGGCGUCCAGCAGCAGUUCCUGUGUGGUGAUCAGAGAUGAUGAGCAGGGUUAUGAUCUUGACCUCUUCUGCAUACCGAAGCACUAUGCUUCUGACCUGGAACGUGUCUAUAUACCUCAUGGCCUAAUCAUGGACAGGACUGAGCGACUGGCCAGAGAGAUCAUGAAGGAUAUGGGGGGACACCACAUUGUUGCCCUCUGUGUGCUCAAAGGGGGCUACAAGUUCUUUGCAGACCUGCUAGACUACAUCAAAGCACUGAACCGCAACAGCGAUCGCUCCAUUCCAAUGACAGUGGACUUUAUUCGCCUCAAAAGCUACCAAAAUGACCAGUCUACUGGUGAGAUUAAGGUAAUUGGUGGAGAUGAUCUGUCCACACUAACAGGGAAGAAUGUCUUGAUUGUGGAGGAUAUAAUUGAUACUGGGAAAACAAUGCAGACCUUGUUAGAACUCCUCAAGCAGUACAAUCCAAAAAUGGUCAAGGUGGCCAGUUUACUUGUGAAGAGGACACCAAGGAGUGUUGGCUACAGACCUGAUUUUGUAGGAUUUGAGGUCCCUGACAAAUUUGUGGUGGGAUAUGCGCUAGAUUACAACGAGUACUUUAGAGAUUUAAAUCAUAUCUGUGUCAUCAGUGAAACAGGAAAAGAGAAGUACAAAGCUUGAGGUUUUCUGCAUUUCCAUUUUAGCUGUGCAUAAUUUUUUAAAUCAAUGACUUUUUUAUUUUUAUUAUUAUUUGUAUCACAUCUGCUUAGUAAUUUAGGAGUGGAGGGUGCAGAGUGGCCUGGUUCCUCUCAAAGCACUACAGCUCACUGACUGAGGACCCCUAGCCUUUAUCUGUUGAUUCACAGAUGUAUUGUGGUUUGAAUGUGUUGAAAUAUAUAUAAUCUUUAAUUUAUUUUGUAUCAUUUUUAAAUAAUUGCCUGAUCUUUUUUAUGUUAAAUAUUAUCUUUAUUCAGCACAAGAGAGCUUGCAGCCAAAAUAAACAAGAUCAUGAUUGGGAUCAAGCUAAUAUAUUUGCUUAUUGAACAAAAAUGAGUUUCUGCUCAAACAUUUACACUGUAUAUGCCAGGAUGUGUAUAACCAGUGAUUUAAGCUGAGCAGCACAGCUGUAUUAUUGAGCGAUAAUUAUUACAAUAAUUGUCCUUGUAUUUUAUUUUUUAUGACUACUUAUUGCAGUUUACACGAUAUCUCAGCAUAUUUUACUUUUUUUUUUAAUGUGAAAGAAGUAAAACGUUAUGGUGCCUUAUAUGUUAAGUCAUAUAGCCACAAUAACUAUCCUAUCCAAUACAUUUUCAACAAACACUUGAUUACGAGAUGAAGUCAAUGUGAGAUGCUCUACAUGUAUUUUGCCGUUUUAGCAAAACCAUUUACCAGCUUGUACCUUAGCCUUAUACUGUAGAUUAAUAUAAUUGUCAUAAAGCAAUCCAGGUUGUAUAAUUGAUUUAUUCUAAUUAGAUGUGUGGUUUGAGAUGUACAUGCCCAAUUAACAUGCCAGUCCUGAAGUAGCUCUGGCAAACAGAUCAUUAGAACAUGUAAUCAGACCUCUGUAUCAGAAAGGCUUGUGAACAAUGCAUUUGAUUGAAAAAUGUGACAUUAAACAGUUUCAUUUGAA